AUGGCCCUUGUACAGCCAAACUUGAUAGCUCUUUCACUUAUUCUAUAUUGGUUGCAACGCUUCCCUGAAGGAUUUUACUUAGCUGGUAAUAAGAUCAGCGAGGUUGAAGCUCUUCAGCGCCUCCUCAAAUUGAAUGUAUUGGUUUUGCGUUACAGCAAAAUCUCUACAAACCAAAUGUCAUGGUCAACUUGUGGAUUCUUUACAAGCUAUAAUCCUGGAAGGAAAUCUGGCGCAAAAGAAUGUAGGUGGCGAACAGUUGAAGAAAUACUUAUAAAGUCUUCUUCUGCAUCUCACUUACUACAACAGCUACCCGAUAGGGAACCCAUGGCUUUUCUUCUCACAAGGCAUCGUCUUCAUCAAUUCAUGGUUGUUAAAGUCAAGCAGUUGCCUCGAAAAAAUAAUCCGGGAGCAGGCAUCGCUGAAGUUGUAGCCAGGGAACUCUGGGAGCUCUCUAAGAACACAUUUGAGGAUUUAGUAAUCUCUUUUUCUUCAAGUUUUUCAGACUUGAACAUUUGCUUUAACUUAUGA